UAUCAAAAGAAGAAAGACAAAUAGGUAUCGAUAAUUUUCUUUCGACCUACAAGCUAGCGUUUUAUUUACUGCAUUUAAAUUGACAAAAUGUGAAGUGAAGGUCAUUACAAUUGUCGCCAAUUCGGUAAUUUUCCGCUUCAUUCGUUCAACUCAAAAUAAGCAGCCUCAGCCUUAAAAUCUAUGAGUUACGUACCUACGGGUAUGAAUACGUGAUUUACGUAACAGUGUGGUAAAAGCCCGCAGUUGCAAGUCUCAGAAACCCUCUGGGCUGACACCCAACGAUCAAAACACCAUCUUACCAGUGUUUUGCUGUUUUUAUCGGUAGUACUGCAUUGUCAGCUGGUAACAAAAUGUUGGCAGUGUUAUGUUCGCGGACAGCGCUGAGCGCGCGUUCGCUAGAGCGUUGCGUCUCCAGUGUGGUGGAGCUCCCGAAGCUACAUAACUUCGGCGUACAGAACGAGCCGGUGCUGGGGUACCGCGCGGGCAGUCAGGAGCGUGACCUGCUGACCGCCGAGCUGCAGCGCACCGCAGCGGUCACCGAGGAGGUGCCGAUCGUGAUCGGGGAUGAGACCAUCAAGGAAGGAGAGCCCCACUUCCAGGUGAUGCCGCACGACCAUCACCACAAGAUUGCGAAGUUCUACUAUGCCUCGGAGAAAACUAUCCAAAAGGCUAUCCAGGUGUCGGCCGAGGCACAGAAACGUUGGGACCGCACGCCUCUUGAUGAGAGGGUACAGAUUUGGCAAAAAGCUGCCGACAUGAUGGCCGGUGCCCACCGUCAGAGCCUUAAUGCGGCUACUGUUCUAGGUCAAUCAAAGUCAGCCAUCCAAGCGGAAAUAGACUCUGCUGCUGAGCUGGUGGAUUUUUUCCGAUUCAAUGUCUUCUUUUUAAAAGAAAAUGCCAAAUAUCAGCCAAUAUCUGAAAAUGCUUCAGUGACUUUGAACAGUAUGAGGUUCAGAGGUCUGGACGGGUUCAUUGCAGCCAUUAGUCCAUUUAACUUCACUGCCAUUGGUGGAAACUUAGCCUAUACACCUGCUCUCAUGGGAAAUGGUGUAGUGUGGAAGCCAUCUGACACUGCAUUGUUGUCCAAUUGGCGCAUCUUUAACAUUAUGAGAGAUGCUGGUCUUCCAUCAGGUGUAGUAAAUUUUGUACCAGCUGAUGGACCUACAUUUGGACGUACCAUUACAAAAUCACCAAAAUUAUCUGGCAUCAACUUCACUGGAUCAGUUCCAACCUUCAAUUGGCUCUGGAAUGAAGUUGGAAAAAACUUAAACCUAUACAGUAAUUAUCCAAGGCUAAUUGGUGAAUGUGGGGGAAAAAAUUAUCACUUUGUUCAUCCAUCAGCUGAUAUACAAUCGGUUGUAAAUGGAACAAUCAGAUCUGCAUUUGAGUAUUGUGGUCAAAAAUGCUCAGCUUGUUCAAGAAUAUAUGUUCCUAAGUCCCUGUAUGAACCAAUUAAAGAAGGGUUGCUCCAAGAGAGGGCUAAAUUAAAAGUUGGUGACCCAUCUGAUUUCUCUGUGUUUAUGGGUGCAGUGAUUGAUGAUAAAGCCUUUGCAAGGAUUACCGGCUACAUCAAAAAUGCUAAAGGUAAUCCCAAGAAUAAAAUCAUUGGUGGUGGUGGAUUUGAUGGAAGCAAAGGCUACUUUGUUGAACCUACAAUUAUUGAAACCUCAGAUCCUCAUGACAAACUGAUGGUUGAAGAAAUAUUUGGGCCUGUCUUAACAGUAUAUGUGUAUGAUGAUAAGGAUCUAAUGAAAACAUUGGCAUUGGUCGGUUCAUCUACUAAAUUUGCUCUUACUGGAGCUGUGUUCUCCAAAGACAAGAAAUUCUUGGAGACAGCUCUUGAAGAGCUCAAAAUGACUGCAGGCAACUUUUACAUCAAUGAUAAGUCUACAGGCUCUGUUGUGGGCCAGCAACCGUUCGGAGGUGGACGCAUGUCAGGCACCAAUGACAAGGCGGGAGGUCCUAACUAUGUCAUGAGGUGGACAUCACCACAAUCAAUCAAGGAAACCUUUGCUCCUCUAACUGAGAUUGACUACCCAUACAUGAGGGAUUAAGCACAAUUAAUGUUGCAAUGCAUAGUAGUUGUAACAAAAGAGUACAAUAAUAAAUAUUUACCUAUCACUAGUAUUAAUAAUAAUAACUAGUAGUAGUUUGUUUGUGCUUCUUGUCAAGAUAUGUAAUUGUCAUGUUUUGAGUAACAUAAUAUUAUGAAAUGUUAUUUAUUCUAAAUGAUACAAUAUCAGUAGAGUAAUAUGUGUAUAUUUGAUGAUUAUAUUAUACACGGUGUUGUAGUAGGUAUUAUAUUAUAGUGGUAUAUUAGGUACUACAAUAAUCAAAAUGCAAUAAUAUUAUUUGUUCAGUGAAAUUUGCUUACCAGAGUGCGGAUUCUCAUCUGACAUAAGCAAUAUAUUUAUUGUAACAUUUAAACUAAACAAUAAUGACACAGUUGAGACAUGUUUGUGAAACUACACACUCCACACUACUGUCCUUAUGUUAUCACUCAGAGUUCAUAGUUUUGUUAUCAAUUAACUGCUCUCUGAGAUAACUGCAUUUACACUGUUUAAGUAUUUAUCAAAAAGCUAAGCUUAAGUUGUUUGUUUAAACUAUUUAUAAUGUUUAUUUUUUGUGUUACAGUAAUAAAAGUAUUAUUUCUCUCCACUAUUAAA